UACUAGUAAUGGUGUCAGCAAUGAUAUGCAGGGUUGUUAUAGUAAUAAGGAAGGUGUUCAUAAGUGCAUUCAAGAUGGUGGUAGUAAUGGUAGUACUAGUGUUAGCAGUACAUUACAGUUUAGACAUAGUAUAUCCAGCUUAAACAGUAAUGAAAUGUGUUCAACUCAGAUGACAGUUACUCAAACUUCAUGCACAGCAACUUCAACAGUAACUAUGCAAAAAGAGAGCUCUCUUGUUUCUUCAUCCUUAAUUUCAAAUAUUAAGUACUCUACCACCUCUUCUAUGUCAAGUCCAGAUUUUUUAAGCUCUACAUUAACAUUAUCAUCAUUGUCAACAUCCUCAGCAUUUUCAAUAUCAGUAUCUACAACAGUGUCCCCUGUACAAUUACUAUCCACAGUACCCCAUUACGCUGGUAUUGGUUUAUUAGUAGCUACUAACCUACUGACAAUCAUUGCAUUAAUCAGUAGCUGUGUCUACAUAUUCUGCCAGAGGAAAAAAUCAAAAUUCAUCGUAACAGAGAAUGAACAAAUAUCCUUACAAAACACAUCUCAAACUGUAGCAACAAGUCACAACACUGAAACUAACCCAACCAGUAACAAUAACACUAACAUUACUUCUGAUACUAACAUAUACUCCUCAGUUGAAGAUGAGGUUGAUCAUCAUCAUCAUCACCGCCCACCAGCAAGAGUAGCCAGUCAAUAUGAAGUACCUCUGGACUUAUUACAACAAGCACAUGUUCCUCUCCCUCCUCCUCCUCCUCUUUAUGCUACUCUUGAUGAUCAACAUGAUCUUACUCUACCCAACCCUGAGUAUAUUACUAAUACAGCAGUAACAGCACCUAAUCCUGGUUAUAUUACUAAUAUAACACCUAAGGCUAAUCCUGGGUAUAGUGCUACUGCUAUUAAAGAAGGAAAAGGAGGAGAGAGAGGAGAGGGAGAGAGAAGAGAAGAAUUGGAUUACAGUUAUGCCACUGUUAAUAAGUUCCUCAAGAAACCCACUGAGGAUACUGAGUAUAAUAAACUCCAGCAUGAAUAGCAUAUACAUAGCUGCUUCAGACUGCUUGUGUGUACAUAUAUUGUUGAUUUUUAUUUUGUAUACAACUAAACUAUGUCCUCUUUAAUUAUCAUGACUUAGUUUUUCAAAAUAAA